AUGCCCGCUCAUCCUGACUCCAACCUCUAUCCCGAGGCCAGUGGGCUGGCCAAGGUGCUGGUCGACCAGCAUCGCGCUGAACAGCCAUUGAAGUUGUAUGCGGGGUGGUUCUGUCCAUUUGUGCAACGAGUCUGGCUCGCCCUCGAAGAGAAAAAUAUCCCAUACGAAUAUGUCGAGGUCAACCCAUACAACAAACCAGACUCACUACUCACAUUGAAUCCUCGAGGACUAGUCCCUACACUCUCAACUCUAGUAGAUCCACGCCCACGGCCACUGUACGAAUCCACGGUGAUCCUAGAGUAUUUGGAAGAUGCAUACCCAGACCAUAAACCUCGCUUCCUGCCAGAGGAUGCAUACGAGCGUGCGCGGGCACGCAUCUGGAUUGACUAUGUGACAUCACGAAUAAUCCCAUCUUUCCACCGAUUCUUGCAGUACCAGUCUGCAGAUGGCAGUGGGCAGAACGCAGAUGCGGGGUUGGAUCAGGCUCGGCAAGAGUUUUUGAAUCACCUGAAAGCCUGGACUAAAGAGAUGCACACUGAGGGGCCUUUCUUCCUUGGUGGGGAUAUUAGUCUUCCGGAUUUGGUGCUGGCUCCGUGGGCGGUACGACUGUGGGUGUUUGAUGAGUUUAAGAGUGGUGGAUUAGGGGUUCCGAAGGAGGGGAAAGGGGGUUCGGAUGAGGGGAUCUGGAGCCGGUGGAGGACCUGGCUUGAUGCUGUUGAAAGCAGACGCAGUAUCAAGGAGACUACCAGUGAUCUUGCGCAUUACCUUCCCAUCUAUAAGAGAUAUGCGGAUAACACAGCUCAAAGUGAGUUAGCUAAGGCGACACGGGCUGGUCGGGGGGUGCCUUGA